ACAACACCAUGACGUUAAGGAUAAUACCCAUCCUACUCAGCGCGACCGCUCUCAUCCUGCUGGCGUUAAACUUUGACUCGGCAACCGCUAAUAAUCAUCAAUUAUCGUCAUCAUCAUCAUCAACCGAGGCAGCAUCCAGCACGACAGUAUCAACACCGUCGGUGGCAGCAUGGGAGCAUGGAAAUGGUGCAGUAACGCCUCCGGCCACCGGCAGCCGGUUGCGAGCUGAAGCAGCACAAUUAGUAGACAAUAAAAUCCACGACAAACUGCAACGGCACGAUCCUGCCGACGGACGCUUGAGCGGUGCUCCCGCACAGACUGGGCGCCAGAAACGAGAAGAUAUUUUUAGCGAUAAUGUUCUAACAAAUAAUUAUCAGCUUAAUGGUGCCGCCGGACGGUGGGAAGGACCCGGGAACGGUGCGCUGCAGUCAAGGAUAACGGAGGAGGUACUGCUCGUUAGCAAUCUUACCGAGGAGCGGGCGCGCGAAGAAACCGAGCUGUUGGAGCAUCUAAAUCGCGACCGUUUCCAUGGCAGUCCAAUCAAGCUCGAUAAUAGCGACGACCGAGCGGAAGCGAGAAGUGGCCCUCAGCGCAGCCGUAAAAAGAACCGCCGACGAAUAGGACACAAGAAACACAAGCAUAAGAAGAUCAAGCUGCUUCCGGUGACGCUCGUCGGUGUGCCGGUGGACGAGGACGGCCAACCGGAUACCGCCAUCUUCGAUGGGCUGACGAACGGUGCGGACGGUGCGUGGUCUUUAAAGCUUUCCUCCCGCACCAAAGCGCCGGUUUCGAAUGGUUUCGAAGGCUCAACCGGUGGCGACGCUAAACUGGCAAAGCAAAUUCAUCCACCGUCGGACGAAGGUCUCGAAGGGACCGUUGAUGGCAGCAUGGUGGAGAUGGUGGACGUUUGGAAGGAAACGACAAUGCCUCCGUCGACCAGCUUCGGGUCCCCGCAGUCGCCGUCCACACAGGAUAUCGCCGACGACCGGCAACCGGCAAUGGUUUCCGGUUUUCCACCGCCUCCGGUUCUGGUGCGCGAUGGACACCUGGUGUUCGGUAGUGUGGGUGACAUGCAAAUUCCCCGAUUGCCAUCCGAUCAACCGGACGCACAGCGAACGAAGUGGACCCGCGAGCAGAGGAAGCGCGAAAAACAGCAACGGAAACAAUUACGGAAAGUGGGCGAGGAGAGAAAAAUCGUCAAUCCACCGCUACCGCCAUUACCGUCCGGUGUUACGGUGGCCAGCGCCAGCACGGUCACCUUUCCCGCGGACGAUCACAAGGGCACGGAGACGGUAUCGGUGGCGCGCGUCAUCAUUUCGGGUGAUUUAUCCUGCAUGAAAGACGACUUCAUCCCAGCGCCGGCGAUCGCUAAUGGUGACAUCAAAUAUUUGCGUAACGAUUUGUACGGGUUGGAAAACUCGUUCCUCGAGGCGGAGUACCACUGCCGGAUGGGGUACCGGUUGCGGACGAAGGACGGACAAAGCCGACCGGUUGUUACGUCGACCGGUGCCAUCGCCAACGCCAAUCUGGUUUGCCGUAAGUCGCGCUGGAUCGGUAAAAGGCCGGCUUGUGUGCGGAUUAAGCCUUCCCAGCGUCAGCCCGAACCGUUCUCCACCGUGUGGCCAUCGAGCGCCACGAAUAAUGGUACGCGUUCGAUGAACGUGAACGCCUGCGGCAAAGAACAUCGUUGCCCACAGGCUUGCCACCGUGUGGCGACGGGCAAGGGCAGCUUAAAUCGCACCACAGUCUGCUCCUGCUACAAAGGAUUUAAAAUGGUCAACCAUCGAUGUGUAGACAUCAACGAAUGCAUCGAGUACGGUGAGGAUGUGUGCGAGUACGGCUGCUCCAACACGAUCGGGUCGUUUACAUGCAAAUGCCCGAGAGGAUUGCGAGUUACGGACAAUAAUAAAUGCAUGGAUGUAAACGAGUGCCUGCUGCGAAACGGGCAUGGACCAUGCCAGGAUACGUGCAUCAACACGUGGAGCAGCUACAGGUGCACCUGCGAUGGGCUGCCGGGCACGAGACUGGCGGCCGACGGGCAUAGCUGCGAGGACAUCGACGAGUGUACGGUCAACAAUGGUGGCUGUUCGCACACCUGCCUCAAUACGCUUGGAAGAGCGUUCUGCGUGUGUCCCGAGGGCUACAUGCUGGACGAGGAUUGGAAGACGUGCGUGGAUGUGGACGAGUGCGCCAACCAACGAUCGAUAGCCAGCGAACAUCGAUGCCACGGACGGUGCAUCAAUACGGUCGGGUCUUACCGAUGCGAGCAGGGCGCAGAACACGGUGGCAGGGAAUAUGUGCAGGGAAAGUCUCCUGCUGGUGCGGAUGUUGAAGGGGAACAAGAGCAACCGGACUAUGACACACUCUGCCCAACAGGCUACCAUUUCAACACGACCAUGGGCGAUUGUCAAGACACGAACGAAUGCACCAUCUCAAACGGCGGAUGUCAGCAACAUUGUAUCAACAGUGACGGAAGCUACUACUGCUCAUGCAAAUAUGGCUUCAAGUUGGACGUCGACAAGCGUUCCUGUUUGGUGCUGAACGAUUCGUUGCGGUUGGCGGAUAUAGCCUGUCCACCGUUGUUUCCUCCACGCCACGGUUACCUCGAGUGCAGCCGACCGAUAGACGAAAUAGCGGAUGGUCCGAACGGUGGCAGCCUCAAGAUUACCAACCGCCCCGGCAGCCAGUGCAUCCUAAAGUGUCCGACCGGCUAUCGACUGGAGGGGAAAUUCUCCAAAAUCUGUGGCACCACCGGCGAAUGGAUUGGCGAUGAGAACGGCACCUGCAUACGAUAUCCUCAACCUAAGCUACUAUGUCCGACAAGUGUUAACGUGGAGUUACACCCAAACGAAACCGAAACCACAACGGUUCGAAUGCGACGUCCCGAAACGGACGUCAGCUGGGAGCGAGACGUACAGGUCGAACCGUACUGGGUGAAGAAGGAUAGUUUCUCACUACCACUCGGUAGUCUAAACGUUAGCUACUCGGCCAAACAUCCCGUCUCGAAGCUUCACACCGAAUGUAACUUCCUCAUCAACGUUCUCCCUGGCUCACCGCCAAGAGUGGACUUCUGUCCGGACACGCAAGUGUACACGAUCGAAGGACGUCAUCAGAGCGUUAAGGCAACGUGGGAGGAACCCGUGUUUUCGGACAAUGUUGGUGUAGUGACGAUCACGAAGUCGAACAGCCCAGGAACAGACUUCGGAGCCGGUAGCCAUCUCAUCACGUACGAAGCGCACGACGACGCGGAAUGGAAGAGCAAAUGCGUGUUCAAAAUCGUCGUGAACGUAAACCCGGAACAGCAACAGCAACCGACCGCCCCGUCCCACUUUCAGCUACCGAUUCUGUACAAUCGGUUCUACUUCUAAGGGGCCCGACUGCUCCUGUGCCCGAGGACCGGAUCAUCUCCAACGGAGACACGCAGCACGGAUUGUACAGAUGCAGAAAGAGCAUAUUUUACAAGGAUGGGUGCGCGAUAGUGCCCGGUUUUCGAUCCAGUAUUCGAAUGCGGUUUUUGGAUGCAGGCAGGUAGGCAAGCUUUUUAUCGUCGCAAAACAGGCAAUGGUGCUUGAAUAAGUGGAAUACAAUAACACAAGAGAUUAUGCUAUACACUACGGAAGGGUUGAAAAAGAUGCAGCUGUACUGAGAUCUUGUGGAAGAUGGAAAACAUCCUUCGACCGAUUUCUUGUAUCUCUGUUUGUGCUGCUUAUUUUCCCGCUCUUUCUCACAAGAGACAAGAAUGGAAGAGAUUAUACAUAUGCAGCAAAUAUCAAGCCGUACAUAUACAGAUCCCAGUAGGCGGUAAGGAAACUUAGUCGUAAGCCAAUCAGUAUAAAACCAUGCGAUGCAAUGCAGUUCCGAACGAUCACUCCAAGGAGAAAGGAUUAAUCAAAACCCCCAAAACCAAUAUACACGGGAGGAAGUGAUGAUGUUUAGUGUGCGAAGGUGUUUUAGUUUCAUCUAGAGCCACCGAUGAGGAAAUGAGCCCGGUUGGCAUUAAUGUACAUAGCAUCUUUCGCUGAAUUUGCAAAAAUUAUUAAUAUAACACAUAAGACAACACAACAUCCUGUAAAGUAGGAAUCAAGAAGUAGGUGCAGGAAAAAUAAAACGGAAAGAGAAUACUGAUUUUCUACCCCAAAACAAUAAUAAGCCCUUGAGGAGUCUUGGGGAAAAGAGACAAACGAGCUGCUAACAAGGUGUUUCGUCCUGCAGAUUGCAUACUUGAUUACACGUGUGUGUACUAACAAGCACCUCGAGGUUAUGCGAAUCAGCGGAACACCACCAAACACUUUGUGGAAAGCUUUUCUACCGCGCUGCGCGUUUGUCUCCAAUCGGCAAGAUUCGUAAAGGGGGUCCCCUAUGCACAUCGGCAUAUGGUCAUGAACAUAAGUCUCAUUGGAAAGGUAAAGGAAAGAGGAAAGCGGAUGUUUGAACCAAACUGUAGCGCAACGCUUCUAAGCAGAAGCUUAGCAAUCGUAGGGCAAAAGCUUUAGUUUUGUGGUUUUCAUGUAAGAUAGAGCUGCAAAUCCCUUCUUCAACCCCUCCUUCAGAACCCUCGUGGACCACCUGUUUCGGGCGAAAAGUUUAAAACGCGAGCCUGUUUCCGAUGUACGAUGAAACAGUGAAUAUCAUCAACCUUUGAAAAGAGAGCUGAAUGAAGUAGUAUGUAUAAAGCAUUACGCUAUGCCCCGCUCGGAUUGGUUUGGAAUUUCAAUAUCAAUAAAACGAAAAGUGAUGAAGCAAUU